UUUAUGGUUGAAACAUUAAAUAUUAUACACUUAGAAUUAUUAUCACCUACCGUAUUUUUUUUAAAGCAGUAAUACAUGUCAAGGGUACGGUGUCUAAUCUUAAGUGUGUCGUGCUCGACGGACGAUGAGCAGUGUAAGAGUUCAUGUUUGGUUAGGAUAAGCCUAUAUUUCACCUUAAUCCUAAAGAAAAUCAAUUUCCAUUGUCUUAAAAAGAUAAUCCUUCAAAAUUGAGGAUCAAUGAUAAUAGAAUGAACAAAGGAUGUAUAUAAUCAAAAUACAAAGUUAUUAUAAUUAUUGCAUUUUAAUUAUAGCAACGACAUCAAUAAACCUCAUCUUAUUAUAUAAAUUGCAUGGCACUAAUUAUAAGUGUGCCAAAAAUUAUAAUGUAAAAUAUUUAAUCUCAACAUCAAAUUUAUUAAUUUUUUCAAAUAUUAAUUAAAACAACUAAUGAUUUUUACAUCUGAAUUUGCUUUAGCAUUUAAAACAUUUACUCCCUCACCUCGUAAUUCCAAAGGAUUUGGUAAAGAAUUCUAAGUCUAUAGCACCUAGGAACAGAAAUGGUCAAAGAGCUGGUCAAGUCAAGGCAGAUACAAUGCUGUUUUGUUUUGUUUUUUUUUAGCCGAAGAGACAAUGCUGUUAACUGUGAAGUAUCAAUCCACUCAACGUCAAUGGGUAAAUCAGUAAGAAGAGCACUAACCCGUCGCUGAUCUUUUCGUGCUGUCCAUUGAGGUGGGGAGUAUAGCGCGUGAAUGUCUCUGGAUUCAAACGAAACUGUUCCCGGAAAUCACAUGGAAGAUAAGCGUCCUCGAUUAUCGUGUAAAGAACCGUCACGGGAGCCCUCUCCGGCCAGGCGGAUCAAGGGCAGGUUCGCCGUCGACGACAGCGGAGAUCUGAUAGAGUGCUCCAGCAAGUAUUGCCGGACAUGCACCGCCGGGAUGAUAGCCGACUGCGUGGCACUCUGCUGCUGCCCCUGCGCGGUGCUCCACUGCUUCGCUCUGGCCUUCGUGAAAGCUCCGUGGAUGGCGGGAAGGAGGUGCCUGGGUCUCGGGAAGAAGAAGAAGAAGAAAACGAAGAGGAUAGAAGACGACGUCGUGUUGGAGAGGAACCCCAGGGAAGCGAAUACGAGGAGGGGCUGGGUAGAAGAGGGCGCGCUAGAAGUCGUUUCUAGUGAAAUGGCCUUUGAUGCCGAGGAGGUCUGGAAAGAAAUGUACGAGAUAGGGCAUUUUGGUUUCUUUCACAGGAAUUCCAAUUGAACCCACCAUGUUUCAGCUGUUAACCCAGAACCAUUGAAAAUAAAAAUGCAAAUUGAAAAAUAAAAGGAGUAGCAUUUAUAAUUUAUCGCCGGCGGUGAAGGUAAUUCCUCGUUCGCCGAGCAAAACAA